GUGGCCUGGCGCCGCCACUGCCUCCUCGCGGCCUGGUUCCUUUGGCCCAAUUCCCUCGAGGCCGAGAUGGCGGAAGCCGGACCGGAACCAGGCGCCCUGUGCAUCCGUUCCAGACCAGGUGCUUCCUGCCCAGUUGCCCGAGGGGGUGUGCAGUGAGGCCCAGGCCCAGGCCGGGUUGCUGCCCGUCGGAGCAGGGGGGUAUAACGUUAACGGAGAACCCUGGGGCAGAAUCCCACUCCGCAACGCGCUAGUUUUGGAACCUUGCGCCCUUCACCUUGCUGUGGGUCCCCAUCCUUUUCUGCACCGACUCAGCCGCCAGGCCCUCAGGACCCUAGAGGAGGCCCGGCCCAACAGCAUGGUCCAGACGGGGCAGCAGACUGUGGGCUGUGUGCACGGAGGCCACGCCUGAAGCCAAACUUGAAUCCUGGCCCCAAGGGGCCCAAGCCCAGGCACUCACCAGGCGGUGGGACCAGUGCUGGGGUAAGAGGGGGGCUGGCCUGAAGGGUCUGGGAUCUGCCCACAUUCAUUCCUUCAUUCAUUCAUGGGGCGGGCCCAUGAAGUGAGAGGCCAGGCUAGCUUUCUCAGGGCCUAGCUAGGACCCUCCCCAGGAAGACAAGGCAGAGGGGCUAGGAGGGUCCAGACUUUUGGGCAACACCCCAGGUGGUGGGGCCAAGUGUGAACAGAGACAUUGAGGCAGGGUGCAAAAGUAGGUGCCAAUUGGGGGGACACCACAGGGAGGGUUGGAGCAUGCAAUAAGACUGCGUUAGACAGUAAGGUCAGUGUUUGGUGGCUCUGGGGUCAGCAUUUGGAGUCACAGUGUCAAUAAUGGGUCUAAAGGGCUAGCAAGGGGGACAUUUUUAGAGGGUGAGGAGUCACUAGACCAAUCAUGGAGUGCUCAGCCACGGAGGAAGAGUCAACAGGAGGCACCUCAGAGACACAUCUGAAGGCCAUGGGGCCAACCUGGGCAUCAGGGAAGGGUCAGAGAUCAGUCUUGGAGAUGUUUCAUGGUCACGGUCACGUGGCAUUGAUGAGUCUAUGAGGGGUCUCAGGAUCCAAUCUGAGGGUUACAAAGUUAGCCUGCAGGGUCAGUGGAGGGUCAGAAGGUCAAGUUGGAAUUUUGAAGAUCCCAGGAUUAGCCAGGGGAUCCCUGCAUUGUUCCCUCAGGCUGCAGGUGGUGGGAUCCUGGAAGAAGGGAAAUUUGCUCAGUGACUGGACAACGGAGGCCCUCAGGUAGCUCAGAGAUGGCCCUGUGGGGCCUAGCACCUCCAUGGACUCCUUCUGCCCUUGAGUUAGACAGUUUCUGGGCCCACCCUCUACCUGCCUAGCCUUUUCCCACUGAGGGCCCCCAGGCCCUCCAGUCCCUCAGCUCUUAGGCAUGGAGGGUAGCAGCUGCGUCCUCCUUCCACACUGGCUUCCUUCCCUCCCACAGGUGAGCGCCCCCUCGGGGUCCAUGUGCCCACCCCAGGCCCAGGCAGAGGUGGGCCCCACCAUGACUGAGAAGGCAGAGAUGGUGUGUGGCCCCAGCCCAGCACCCACCCCGCCCCCUGAGCCAGCCUCACCUGGGCCCCCAAAGGCGGAGGAGGUGGGCCACCCAGGUUCCUCACCCCCCAGGCUGCCCCCUGGGGUGCCGGUGAUCAGCCUGGGCCACAGCAGGCCCCCAGGGGCAGGCGUGCCCACCACGGAGCUGACUGCCCUGCGGCCCCCUCUGCUGCAACUCUCUGCCCUGGGAACUGCCCCUCCCCCCCUGGCCCUGCAUUACCACCCUCACCCCUUCCUCAACAGCCUCUACAUUGGGCCGGCAGGACCUUUCAGCAUCUUCCCCAGCAGCCGGCUGAAACGGAGACCAAGUCACUGUGAGCUAGACCUGGCUGAGGGUCACCAGCCCCAGAAGGUGGCCCGGCGCGUGUUCACCAACAGCCGCGAACGCUGGCGACAGCAGAAUGUGAACGGCGCCUUCGCUGAGCUCAGGAAGCUGCUGCCAACGCACCCGCCCGACAGGAAGCUGAGCAAGAACGAGGUGCUCCGCCUGGCUAUGAAGUACAUCGGCUUCCUGGUGCGGCUGCUGCGUGACCAGGCGGCCGCGCUGGCUGCAGGCCCCGCCUCGUCCGGGCCCCGCCGACGACCGACGCACAGGAGCCCGGAAGACGGCGUCCGCCGGGGGUCCGGACGCAGGGCCGAGUCGGCUGUGCCCCCGCAGCCUGCGCCCCACGCCGCCCCCGACGACCGCCCCGUCGGGGCCACGCGGCCCAUCAAGACCGAGAGGGGGCUGCUGGAGCAGGCGGCCGUGGGCCCGGAGGUGCGGUGAUCCCGCGGCACCGGGGACUCAGCCCGGGACCGUUUAGGCUGUGAUGCGCAGCGCCUGCUCCAAAGGAACGGGCCUGGGAGUGUACUCCCCCGAAGAAGGACCGGUGAGGACGUCCCUAACAGGGACAAUGGCCUGGGGGUCGACAGGAAGGGCGACCGUCGUCCCCAGGGCCCCGCAGACCCUUUUAUCACCCACACCCGCUGGAAAUGGCCUUGUUCGCGUCCCCCUUCCCGGGACUAGGUCUGGGAACCAACAUGGCAGAGCGGACAUAAAAUCCAAGUUGUGCUUCUUUAUUCCGGGCUAGGGCUACCGGUAGAGGUUAGGGAGCCUUCGCCUUUCUCACCGGCGCCCCCUCCUGGGGGCGCAGGCAUAGCCGCUCCUCGACGGCUGCCGCUGCGCACUUGGCGGCUGAGAGGAGCUUAUGGGCGCGGGGAACCCACCCCAGGGA